CAGUGACUGAGAACAGGUAUUAGCAUUAAACCCAUUUUGCAGAUGAGGAAACGAAUGGAAGCAGAUUCUUCAUGCCGCCCUUGUCCCCUCAUCCUAGCCCGCACAGACGAAGCACUCGAUGGGUGCUGUUUACAUACUGGCGGUUCCAGGAAUUCAGAAAGGAGAGAGGUACCCCGAGCGUUAGCAGAGAGAGACUGACUGGGGAUUGCACCGUGGCCGCUCAGCUCUUGCCUUCUCCCUCCUCCAGGUGGGUGAGAAAUGGGUGACUGGAGCUUCCUGGGGAACAUCUUGGAGGAGGUGAAUGAGCACUCCACGGUCAUCGGCAGAGUGUGGCUCACUGUGCUGUUCAUCUUCCGGAUCCUCAUCCUGGGCACGGCGGCGGAGUUCGUGUGGGGGGACGAGCAGUCGGACUUCGUGUGCAACACGCAGCAGCCUGGUUGCGAGAACGUCUGCUACGACGAGGCCUUCCCCAUCUCGCACAUCCGCCUCUGGGUGCUGCAGAUCAUCUUCGUGUCCACGCCGUCGCUGGUGUACGUGGGCCACGCCGUGCACCACGUCCGCAUGGAGGAGAAGCGCAAGGAGCGCAUGGCCGAGGAGCUGUGCCAGCAGGCGGCGGGCGACGGUGGCGACAGGGACAGGGUGACGCCGGCCGCGGAGCAGGGCAGCAUCAAGAAGGGCAGCGACAGCCACAAAGGCACCAAGAAGUUCCGGCUGGAGGGGACCCUGCUGAGGACCUACAUCUGCCACAUCAUCUUCAAGACCCUCUUCGAGGUGGGCUUCAUCGUGGGCCACUACUUCCUGUACGGCUUCCGGAUCCUGCCCCUGUAUCGCUGCAGCAGGUGGCCCUGCCCCAACGUGGUGGACUGCUUCGUGUCGCGGCCCACGGAGAAAACCAUCUUCAUCCUGUUCAUGUUGUCUGUGGCCUCUGUGUCCCUCUUCCUCAACAUUCUGGAGAUGAGUCACCUGGGCCUGAAGAGAAUCCGGUCUGCCUUCAAGAGGCCCGCGGAGCAGCCCCUGGGGGAGAUCCCCGAGAAGUCCCUCCACUCCAUUGCCGUCUCCUCCAUCCAGAAGGCCAAGGGCUACCAGCUGCUGGAAGAAGAGAAAAUCGUGUCGCACUAUUUCCCUUUGACUGAGGUCGGAAUGGUGGAGACCAGCCCACUUUCUGCCAAGCCUUUCAGUCAGUUCGAGGAGAAGGCGGGCACGGGGCCCCUAGGGGACCUGUCCCGAGCUUACCAAGAGACACUGCCUUCCUACGCUCAGGUGGGAGCCCAGGAAGGGGGGGGGCAGGAGCCGCCGGUGGAGGAGGGGGCGGAACCAGAGGCGGGAGACAAGAGGCAGGAGGAGGCCGAGAGAGUGAGCACUGAGGGGCAGGAGACCAUGACAGUGCUGGAGGGGGAGAAAGCGGAGACUCCCGAGGUGGGGAACGGGGGUGAGAAGGAAGAGCUGCAGGCUGAGACGGUAUCAAAGCAAGGGCUGCCGGCGGAGAAGUCGCCUUCACUGGGUCCAGACCUGACCAGGGAUGACACCAGACCGCUGAGCAGGCUGAGCAAAGCCAGCAGCCGGGCCAGGUCAGACGAUCUAACCGUAUGA